CGGCGAUGACGAGUGGGUUGAACAGACUGGCGUAGCAGCAUUUCCCGGAGAUCUAAGAUAUCAACCAGCAGGGUUCAGUACUAUAGAACCGUCGUUUUCAAAAUCCGGCGAAGUUGGUUGCCCGCCGGCGGAAUUAAAAAUCAGGGCUGGAGGUAAUUCAUCAGCAGAAUCUAGCGCGGUUGAGGAGCCAUAUCACUUCACCGGGUUCUCAGACGUGCCGUCGCCGGCGACUGCUUUGAACGUUGAAGAACAUCAACCCCAGAAUGCGCUGGCACAGCCUUAUUAUGCUGAUGACAUCUUUUCUCCCUAUCAGGACCAUUAUCAAAAUGAAUCCCCAGCAAUUGCAAUUCCAUUAAGAUUUCAUGAUCCAAAUCACAGUCUCGGAGAAGUUAGGAUGUUUUUACUUGGACUGUAAUUUGCCCCAGACCAGACCAGACCAGACCAAAUCAGUUCAGACCAGACCAGACUUGGAUAGUUAUAAAAAUACAAAGAAACCAGACCUUACCAGACCAGACCAGUUCAGACCAGACCAGACCAGAUCAGACCAGACCAGACCAGACCAGCAAAUUACAGUCCAAGUAAAAACAUCCUUAUUCACUUUACGAUCCCAGGACUCCCAACAAUCGAGAUACCUGCAUUUGAGGACCGAUAUGAAGUGAGGGAGGAGGAAGAAGAUGAUGAUGUUGAUGAUGAUUACGACACCUUAGAUGAGGAAGACGACAACAGUCCGAGAAUUUCAUCAUGCUGCAUUUGUAUGGCAGAUUUUAGUGAUGGUGAAGUGGUGGGAGAUUUGGAGUGUGGACAUAAAUACCAUGAAUCAUGCAUCCGCGAAUGGCUAAGGAGUAGGAAUACUUGCCCUCUUUGUAGGAAGAUAGUAAAUAUUUCCAAAAAUUAGUUUAAUUAGCGAAAAUGACAUGUAUAUUACUAUCAGAGUUUUCUCAGACAAAAAUAUGACUAGGUAUAUUAUUUCACAAAAAUAUGACUAAUCACUAUGUACAAGUAACUAGGCAAGAGUCACUACCAUAUAUUUUAGAGUGACGGGUCACUGGUAGAUGAUGAGUCACUGAAAA